GAGGGGGCAGCAGGAUGGAGAGGAGGAGGCUGUGGUUGUCGAGGCUGUUACCACGGGGAUCAUUGCUAUGACCGCCGCCACGACAACCACUAACAGGACCUGAGAGGAGGAGGAGCACAGGUUGUCAGUUUGGUGCCAGAGGCCCACGAGCAAGGCAGCCAUGAGGAGCAGUUAACAGCCGGAGACAAUGAGGAGAAAAGCAGAAGCUGUGAGAGAUUUGAGUCUGAAACGUCAGCUGAGAGGAAGAGAGAGAACGAAAAGAGGAAGAAAAAAGGAGAAGUGAUCGAGUCUGAGGAGGACGAUUCUGCAGUUUUCCUGCUAGAUUCAGAUCUUCAUGUUCCAGAGCGGGUUGGAGAAGCCACUUAUCUCUUCACCCUUUGAGUUCAACCCGACCUGCUGGCGGCGGCCAUGUUGGCCAGACUCCUCCUCUUCCUGCUCCUCUCAGUGAUGCUGGGUGAGGCUCAGUUUCCCUCUGGCCAACGGCUGAAGCCGCGCAUCCAGAGGGACAGACGCAACAUCCGUCCCAACAUCAUCCUGAUCCUGACAGACGACCAGGACGUGGAGCUCGGAUCCAUGCAGGCCAUGAACAAAACCCGCCGCAUCAUGGAGGAGGGCGGGACCUUCUUCUCCAACGCCUUCGUGACCACGCCCAUGUGCUGUCCGUCCCGUUCCAGCAUGCUCACUGGGAAGUAUGUCCACAACCACAAUACCUACACCAACAACGAGAACUGCUCCUCAUUGUCAUGGCAACGCCAGCACGAGCCGCGGACCUUCGGGGUCUUCCUCAACAACACGGGAUACAGAACAGCUUUCUUUGGGAAGUACCUGAACGAGUACAACGGCUCCUACGUCCCCGCCGGCUGGAGGGAGUGGCUGGGCCUGGUGAAGAACAGCCGCUUCUACAACUACACCCUGAGCCGCAACGGCGUGCGGGAGAAGCACGGAGCGCUGUACCCUCAGGACUACCUGACGGAUCUGAUUACAGCAGAGUCCAUCCGGUACUUCCAGGCGUCGAAGCGGACCUUCCCUCACCGACCGGUUCUAAUGGUUCUGAGUCACGCUGCGCCUCAUGGACCCGAGGACUCAGCGCCGCAGUACAGCAGCGCCUUCCCUAACGCCUCGCAGCACAUAACUCCCAGUUAUAACUAUGCUCCAAACAUGGACAAGCACUGGAUCAUGCGUUACACUGGCCCCAUGAAGCCCAUCCACAUGGAGUUCACCAACAUGCUGCAGAGGAAGCGGCUGCAGACGCUGCUGUCUGUAGACGACAGCAUGGAGAAGCUUUACGACAUGCUGGUGGAGACGGGUGAGCUGGAGAACACCUACAUCAUCUACACCUCAGACCACGGCUACCACAUCGGACAGUUCGGCCUAGUCAAAGGUAAAUCCAUGCCGUAUGAAUUCGACAUCAGGGUACCGUUUUACAUCAGAGGACCAAACGUGGAGCAAGGCAGCAUUAACGCUCACAUGGUUCUGAACAUCGAUCUGGCUCCAACCAUCCUGGACAUCGCCGGCAUCGACAUUCCUCCAGACAUGGACGGAAAGUCCAUCCUAUCCCUGCUGGACACCGACAAAUCAGCCAACAGGUUUCAGGUGAACAGGAAGCCAAAGGUGUGGAGAGACUCCUUCCUGGUGGAAAGAGGGAAGCUGCUUCAUCAGCGGGUGGAGGGGAAGGAGGUGUCGGAGGAGGAGAACGUCCUACCCAAACACCAGCGCGUCAAAGACCUGUGCCAGAGAGCCGAGUACCAGACGCCCUGCCAGCAGACCGGACAGAAGUGGCAGUGUGAGGAGGAUGCAUCAGGAAAACUGCGGCUCUCCAAAUGCAAGAGUGAAGGGGGCAGGGUCAAAAGCUUCCAAAGGGGCGUGUCCAACCACCGACAUCCAAUCAGCAUCAAAUCUCAGCUGUACCUUCCCAACUCAGAUGCCUGCAACUGCGACUUCAGCGACCUCCUGCCCACCAACCUCCGGCCCCCCAUCUUGAAGUCGUUCAAGAAGAAAUCGUUCUUCUCCAAGAAGAGGUUUAAAACCAUGAAGAGCUACACAAGAAACCGCUACAGCCGCUCCUUGUCCAGCCUAAAUGGUUACCCUGGUAACCACAGCAUGGUGGGCGGAGCCAAUCAGAGCGAGCCAGAUGACGAGUUCAGUGGACUGGGAGGAGUUCCUGACCAAGUGGUGCCAUCUGAUGCGGUGAAAGUGACUCACAGGUGCUCCAUCCUGUCCAACGCCUCCAUCAAGUGCGACACCGGAGUUUAUACAUCUCUGCAGGCGUGGAAGGACCACAAGCUGCACAUUGACCAUGAGAUCGAGACUCUGCAGACCAGGAUAAAGAACCUGAGAGAGGUCAGAGGUCACCUGAAGAAAUCCCGCCCCCUAGAGUGUGACUGCAACAAGUAUCUGUACAAGGCCAAGCUGAAGAAGAAGCUCCGCCUCAGAGGAGGUCUUCAUCCCUUCAGGAAGGACGGGGCCUGGAACAAGAAGAUCUGGAUCCAGAAGGAGCAGAAGAGGAGGAAGAAGAUGAGGAAGAUGAUCAAGAGGAUUAGAAACAACGACACGUGUUCGAUGCCCGGACUCACCUGCUUCACCCACGACAACCAGCACUGGCACACCGCCCCCUUCUGGACAUUGGGACCGUUCUGCGCCUGCACCAGCGCCAACAACAACACCUACUGGUGUCUGAGGACCAUCAACGAGACACACAACUUCCUGUUUUGUGAGUUUGCCACUGGAUUCCUGGAAUACUUCGAUCUAAACACCGACCCGUACCAGCUGAUAAACGCCGUCAGCUCGUUGGAUCGGACCGUUCUCAAUCAGCUGCACGUCCAGCUGAUGGAGCUCAGAGGCUGCAAGGGUCACAAGCAGUGCAACCCUCGCACACGCUCCGUGGAGCUGGCAGGAGGACGGACUGAUGGCGGCUUUGAUGACUACAGGCUGUUUGAGCGGAGGAGGUGGUCCAGAGUGAAGAAACCUUCAUCAUCCCGAACGCUAGGGCCGAUCUGGGACGGCUGGAAGGGAUAAGCUUCCUGAUUGGCUGACACUGGACCAGGCUCCGCCCACAGCAGCAUUCUGAAGGAGGGAGGUGUGGUCAUCGCCCCUACCCCAGCAAUCAGCCAAUCAGCUCCUGCAAUUCAUGUGACAUCACUGGGAGAGGCGCCAGGAGCGAACGCUUGAUGCACCUGUUCCUCCUCCUGCUCCUCCUCCUCCUGCUGCUCCCCCUGCCCUCCUUCAUGACUGUGUUUGUUUGUAGUCUAACUGUCUGUAAAGACGUUGAAGGACCAGCUGGUCUCUGACCUCACCACCAACGCGGUCAUCUCACUUCCUCCUUUGAUGUUACUGCUGGUUGCCAUGGUGACCAAUACUAACAAUGUCAUCGACCAACGUCUGUUCCCCGACCCAAAGAGGAUGACAGUGACAACAGGAAGUCCCCAAUCAGGAACCGGACUUAAUGAUGAUGUCAUUUCUUCUUUGCUUUGAUUAUUGUUACCAUCCAAUCAUCUUCCUCCUCCUGAAGCCGAUGGAAGCGGCCAUGGUGGGAAGGAAAUCUGUUUCCAUGGAUUCACACAGGAAGUUCUGCCUCUAAUUCUGAAAUUAUUCCUAAUAAUCCAAGAACAAACAACCACACCCUACAGCUCCACCCUAUAGCUCCUCCUUCCUUCCUUCCUUCCUUCCUUCCUUCCUUCCUUCCUUCCUUCCUUCCUUCCUUCCUUCCUUCCUUCCUUCCUUCCUUCCUUCC